UUUAACCUGCAACAUGUCGAGAAAAAAGAAUGUGCUUACUGACUCACAGAUUCAAGAAAUUCUGGAUCUUGACAGUGAUAGCGACAAAACCACAGAAUCUGAUUAUGAUCGUGAACUUAAAUAUGGGUCAACUAUCCAAGAUAAUCUGGCCCAUGAAGAAGGAAAUGCAAACGAUUUCGAAGACAGCAAUAUGGACACGGAUUCCUUCGUGUCACGAGAUGAUCAAUUUAACGAGCAACCCAGCACUGAUACAAACUCAGCUCCAGUGGUGUCAUCUCCCAUGCAACAUAAUCUUGAAAUAACAUUCAUCGACAUAUCCAGUCCAUCUCAGAAAGUAGGCAGAAAUAAGUCUUUAGUGUGGGACUGUUUCGAAACAAAGCAAGUCAACGGAAAAAUUAUAAGCAACAAGUGCAAAAUUUGCAAGGAAGAAGUAAGCGAUAAAGUAGAGCGAAUGAAGAAACAUUAUGAAAAAUGCUCGAAGAAAGAAAUGAAGAGAGCUGUACCAAUGUCACUCCACAGUGCAACAGAGUCAGCUGCAGCAAAUUGUUCGCCGUCGUCUUCUACAACCUUUCUGAAGCACCCAAAAUCUAAAGUUUCGUAG